AUGGACAACGAGGAGCAAUUGUUCUGGUAUGUCUAUCCGGACGAGCCUGCUGCACGCGGCGGCUGGCUCUCUGGAAGCCCGAGCGCCGACCGCGUGAGCAGGCGUCUGUGUCUCCAAAUCCUCAAGGGCGUGGCCUACGUGCACGACGUGCUGGGCGUAGCCCACCGCGACAUCAAGACGGGCAACCUGGUGGUGACCCAUCCCAUCCACGUCGUCGUGACCAAGACGAUGUCAUCAUAG